ACUUCCAUCUUGACUCACCUUGAUAGGCCGAUAGGCUGCAUACGCCGAUGGAGACCUUUCGCAUUGGACUGAGGAACAUCACGAGAGCCACUCCUCGGCCGUGCAUUAGAGGGUCCACACGAACAUCCACGCCAAUUUGGUUCACCGCUCGCCUGAAACAUACAGCGGCAUCAAUGGCACAAGCAGCCGAGACCUCCAACACAAAGUUAACCCACUUGGCCAUAUUGGACUUCGAGGCCACCUGCGAACUGCCAUCAGGUUCGAGAGAAGAGAUGGAGAUCAUCGAGUUCCCGACUAUCCUCUACAACCUGAACACGAAACGCGUACAGGCCACCUUCCACGAAUACGUCCGACCAGUCAUCUACCCCCAACUGACGGAUUUUUGCCUCGACCUGACCGGGAUAUCACAGGAAACAGUAGACGCCGCGGACAGAUUCCCUGCCGUUUGGACACGCUAUCUCGCGUUUUUGAAGGCUCAAGGCGUUUGGGAAAAUUCUUCGGCGCUCGCGUUCGUCACCUGCGGAGAUUGGGAUCUCAAGACGAUGCUCCCACAGCAGCUUGGCUUGUCCUUCGCGGAUGAUGCGACGAAGAAGCAUGAAACAGAGCACGUCCUCUUCAAGCGGUGGAUAAACAUAAAGCGGUCUUUCCACAGUGUCUACGGAGGAAAGAGGCGUCCGAGUGGGCUUAUUUCGAUGUUGAAGGCUUUGGCAAUAACGCACCAGGGGCGACACCAUUCGGGGAUUGAUGAUUGCCAGAAUUUGCUUUCUAUUGUCGAGAGAAUGCGAGAAGAUGGUUGGAAGGCCCACGAAGAUCCACAGCUUCUUUUGCAGAUGUGAUUAUUGGCGACAAUGGACAUGUAGAUUACGCAACGGGCAAAGCGAUACGGUUGCCAUUACUUUGUAUACAUAGUCGGACUAUGUCCUUCGAU